AUGGAGGGCCCCGAGCCAUCCCAGGGCCAGCGUGACCCUGUCUCCGGCACUGAACGCGUUGCUCCGCCUGGCGAACUGAGCAAAGCAUUCAGAACGGGCACCGAAGCCACAACUGCGCCCGCCGCGCACGUAAACCCAGCCGCAGUGCAAGCGAACGCCAAUCUCCCGUCCUUCAGUGCACUUGACACGCCUGCAACCACCUCGCCCUCGCUCUACGUCCCUCGCUGGCACGUCCGCGCCCCGAGCAGCGGGCUGACACUUGUAACCGAUCUUCCUCCAUCCAUGACGUCAACCGCGCGCAACACACUGCACAUCACCUCCAACCUGGCGACCACCGGCAGCGAAGGCCUGCGCCAGUCGGCCACUGCGCCAAUUAUGAUAGACGAGAAAUAUCUAAAGACUGCGAGGUCCAGUAAUAGUCUAGCCGGAUCGUUGUCGCCAUCCUCGGCCAUAUCCUCGCCCGCACUGAACGCGCUCGGCGAUCUGACGCCGCUUCCCUCGCCGCUGGUCAUGGGAGACUCUCCCGGACCAUGGCAACGGGCCGUGGCGCGACCAAGAGGGAUCUCUACCAGCUCACGCGACGACAACUACCUUCCCGCCAACAGAUCGAGCCUUUCUCCCUCGCCCUCGCUGAAGAAGAAGGGUUAUCAGAGGUUGCAGACCACCGGCGAAGGGGCUACAGAAGCGCGCAUACAAGCCCACCGCAACAGCGAAACAGCUCGGGAGAGGAACCGCAGUAUCAGCGAAUAUACUCCAGAUUCCCUGCACAACCCUCGGCCUCGAAAUGUGACUAUCGGUAGUGUUGCUGCCGAAGGUGACGCAACCGUGCAGCAACGCUUGCGCCGCGAGCAGUAUCUUGCGUCGCAGCGCGGCAUUGUCCCUGCGCAAGUCCCCGCUGGUCUGCCUACACCCCCCGCUAGCAACGCGAGUAAUCGAAGCGUCACCGAUGAAGAGGACCACGCGAUAGAGGACUAUGACACCAAGUACAUUGCUGUUCGCCAUGGAUCUCAGAUGAAGAAGAAGCUUUGGCGCCCAGUUCGGCAGCUCGGCCAGGGCACGUUCAGUAAAGUUUACCUGGCCACGUGCGAAAGGACCGCGGCCAAGGAUCCAUUGGACGAGAAGACCCUAGACCUCCGUAAGCUUGUCGCCAUUAAAGUCGUUGAGCACGGUCCUGCCGGCGGUGCCGACGAGGAACGUGUCGAACUAAGCCUCAAGCGAGAAGUGGAGAUGCUCCGCUCCGUGUCGCACCCUUCUCUCGUUCAUCUGCGAGCCUUUGAUCACAACGAGGCCCAGGCUCUACUGGUCUUGACAUACUGCCCUGGCGGUGAUCUGUUUGAUGUAGCCAGCGAUCACCGCGACAUCUUGAGCAUAGACAUCGUCCAGCGUGUGUUCGCUGAGAUGGUCAGUGCCGUACGGUAUUUGCAUGAGAAGCUGAUCGUGCACCGCGAUAUCAAGCUCGAAAAUGUGCUCCUCAACAUCCCUAUCUCCUCCGUACCUCUCCUCAUGAACCCACAGUCUCAUCCGUACCCCAUUGCGACACUUACAGAUCUUGGCCUCUCUCGUCGAAUUCCUGCACCUCCAGAGUCUCCUCUCUUGACAACUCGAUGUGGUAGUGAAGACUAUGCUGCUCCAGAGAUUCUACUAGGCCAGCCAUAUGAUGGUCGCUCGACUGAUGCUUGGGCUCUCGGUGUCUUGUUGUACGCUCUGAUGGAAGGACGCCUACCGUUCGACCCGCCGCCGGGCAAAGCAGGCCGUACCAGAGCCGCUCAUCGGAUUGCUAGGUGCGACUGGGGUUGGGUCAAGUUUGGUGACGAGGAUGGAGAGUGGGAUGCAGAGAAAGGCAAGGAGUGGGCCGGUGCACGGGAGAUUGUCGAGAGCCUACUGAAGAAGGUCUCUCGCGGCCGCAAGAGCCUCGAGGACAUCGAGAAGGUGGACUGGGUGAAGCAGGGCAUCCAGAUCGAGGGCGGGCUGAAGAUGCGAGUCGAGAUAGAGGACGGCCCCGACACAACGCCCGAACUACCUGCGAGGUAG